UUUGGCCAGUAGGGAGUGUGUGCUGGGGUCUGGGCUUGGAGUUAACAAUCUCAAACGUGUAUGAUUGACGCCUGGAGGGACUAAAAGAGCACUCUCUCAGCAAAGAGUCUACAUGUCUAAUAUUUAGACAUGUUCAGCUUUGUGGAUGUUCGGUUAGGGCUGCUGCUCGCGGCUGCCGUUCUUGUCGCGAGAGGACAGGAAGAUGAUGAUUACGGCUACAGCAGCUGCACGUUAGAAGGCCAGUUCUACAACGACAAGGAUGUCUGGAAACCCGAGCCGUGCCGGAUUUGCGUGUGCGACAGCGGAACCGUCAUGUGCGACGAGGUCAUCUGCGAAGACACCACGGACUGCGCCAAUCCAGAGAUCCCAGAUGGAGAAUGCUGCCCCGUGUGCCUCGAAGAUGAAACUGACCCAACACCAACGGGUUCUACGGCUCUAGGACCCAAGGGUGAGCCUGGAACUAAGGGUGAACCGGGUCUCCCAGGGUCCUCCGGUAACGAUGGCUUUCCCGGACAGCCCGGACUUCCCGGACCUCCCGGCCCCCCUGGACCUCCAGGCCUCGGUGGAAACUACCUGCCCCAGGUUUCUUAUGGUGGCGAUAAGUCCAGCGGCCCAGCUGUUCCUGGACCACCAGGCCCAAUCGGUCCCCGUGGUCCUCCUGGAUCUUCAGGUUCUCCUGGUCCUCAAGGUUUCACUGGACCUGCUGGGGAGCCCGGUGAGCCCGGCUCUCCUGGUCCAAUGGGUUCUCGUGGUCUUGCUGGUCCUCCCGGAAAGAAUGGAGAUGAUGGUGAGUCUGGCAAAGCCGGUCGCCCUGGUGAGCGUGGAGCCGCCGGUCCUCAGGGAGCUCGCGGUUUCCCUGGAACCCCAGGACUUCCCGGGAUCAAGGGACACAGAGGAUUCUCCGGUCUAGAUGGAGCUAAGGGAGAUGGUGGCCCUGCUGGACCCAAGGGAGAGAAUGGUCUAUCCGGAGAGAACGGUGUCGCUGGUGUUAUGGGCCCUCGUGGUCUGCCUGGUGAGAGAGGCCGCCCUGGACCUCCUGGCCCUUCUGGUGGUCGUGGUAAUGAUGGCAACCCUGGACCCGGUGGACCACCCGGACCUACUGGCCCUUCUGGUUCUCCUGGAUUCCCUGGUGGUGCAGGAAUCAAGGGAGAGACUGGACCAGCUGGAGGUCGUGGCUCAGAGGGACCUCAGGGAUCCCGUGGUGAGCCCGGUAACCCCGGACCUGCUGGACCUGCCGGACCAACAGGACCUAAUGGUAAUGACGGCAGUCCUGGUGGCAAGGGAUCUCCUGGUCCUGCUGGUAUUGCUGGUGCUCCUGGUUUCCCAGGAAGCCGUGGAUCCGCUGGAUCUCCUGGAUCUGCAGGUGGUGUCGGCCCUAAGGGUAACAAUGGUGACACUGGUGCCCAAGGUCCCAAGGGAGAGCCUGGUCCUAAAGGAGAGCCUGGUGGUGUCGGACCUCAGGGUCUUGCUGGACCAUCCGGUGAUGAGGGCAAGAGAGGUGGUCGCGGUGAGCCUGGUGGUCCCGGACCCGGUGGACCCACAGGAGCUCGUGGUGCCCCUGGAAACCGUGGAUUCCCUGGAACUGAUGGUGCCCCAGGCCCCAAGGGUGGCCCUGGUGAAACCGGCCCUAACGGACCCGCCGGAGCUCAAGGAUCAAGUGGAGAAUCUGGUAUUGGAGGAGAGCCCGGUUUGCCCGGAUCAAAGGGUAUGACUGGAGCCCCUGGUUCACCUGGAUCCGAUGGCAGAGCUGGACCCUCCGGUCCUUCUGGUCAAAGCGGUGCUGCUGGACCUCCAGGAUCUUCUGGAACCCGUGGUUCCCCAGGUGUAAUGGGAUUCCCCGGACCUAAGGGAGUUGAUGGUGAAUCUGGUAAACCCGGUGAGAGAGGCACUGUAGGACCUGUCGGCUCUGUUGGUGCUCCUGGUAAAGAUGGUGAUGUCGGUUCUCAUGGGCCUUCCGGACCUGCCGGACCUGCUGGAGAGAAAGGAGAACAAGGACCCGGUGGAUCCCCUGGAUUCCAGGGUCUUCCAGGACCUCAGGGCCCUGCUGGUGAGGGUGGAAAGCCUGGUGAUCAGGGUCUUCCUGGUGAGGUUGGCACCCAUGGACCUUUUGGACCUAGAGGUGAAAGAGGUCUUCCUGGUGAGCGCGGUGCUCCAGGCUCUGUUGGACCCAUCGGUGGUCGUGGUUCUCCCGGACCUUCUGGCAAUGAUGGUACAAGGGGAGAGGCUGGUGCUGCUGGUGGUCCUGGUACUGCUGGUCCAUCUGGUAUGCAGGGAAUGCCCGGAGAGCGUGGUUCUAGUGGAAUGUCUGGCCCAAGAGGAGAGAGAGGUGAUGGUGGACCCAAGGGCCCCGAUGGUGCUUUCGGUAAGGAAGGCAUGCGCGGUAUGACUGGUUCCAUUGGAGCCCCUGGACCUUCCGGCACUGGUGGUGAAAAGGGAGAGCCUGGACCUGUUGGACCUGGAGGACCUACUGGAGCUCGUGGUUCCCCUGGUGACCGUGGUGAGCACGGACCUCCCGGACCUGCUGGAUUUGCUGGAGCUCCUGGUGCAGCUGGACAGCCUGGACUCAAGGGUGAGAAUGGUGACUCUGGACCCAAGGGUGAUGCUGGAGCUCCCGGAUCUUCCGGACCUGUCGGCCCCUCUGGACCUCAGGGUCCUGCUGGUGCUACUGGAGAGAAGGGUACCCGUGGUGGUGCUGGAUCUCCUGGUGCUACUGGUUUCCCUGGUGCCGCUGGUAGAGUUGGACCUCCUGGCCCUGCUGGUGGUGCUGGACCUCCUGGCCCCGGCGGCCCAACUGGUAAAGAGGGACAGCGUGGCUCUCGUGGUGAGAAGGGAGCACCUGGUCGCCCUGGUGAGGUCGGCGCUGCUGGACUCCCAGGACCUUCUGGAGACAGAGGUUCACCCGGUUCUGAUGGACCACCUGGACCUUCUGGUAUUUCCGGACCAUCUGGAAUAAUCGGAAAUGCUGGUAUAGCAGGUACCGCUGGACAGAGAGGAGAGAGAGGCCAAUCAGGUCCCUCAGGACCAUCUGGUGAGCCAGGAAAACAGGGCCCUCUUGGUGCUCAUGGCGAACGUGGUCCACCAGGCCCCAUGGGACCUGCUGGUCUGUCCGGAGCCUCCGGUGAAGCUGGCCGUGAGGGAGGCCCUGGUCAUGAUGGUGCCCCUGGUCGUGAUGGUGCUCUUGGCCCCAAGGGAGACCGUGGUGAGUCUGGAAAUGUUGGUGCUCCUGGUGCUCCUGGACUCCCUGGACCUCCUGGCACUGUUGGUCCAUCUGGCAAGCCUGGUGAUCGUGGAGAGGCUGGUCCCGCUGGUCCUUCUGGUCCUUCCGGUAUCGCAGGUUCACGUGGUUCGGGUGGCCCCGCCGGCGCUCGCGGAGACAAGGGCGAGGCUGGCGAAGGUGGAGAGAGAGGCAUGAAGGGACAUCGUGGCUUCAGUGGAAUGGCUGGACUGCCAGGACCUUCUGGCUCUUCUGGUGAGCAAGGACCUGCUGGACCCACCGGCCCUGCUGGACCUCGCGGAUCUGCUGGCUCCAAUGGCUCCCCUGGUAAGGAUGGCAUGAACGGUAUGCCUGGCCCGACCGGACCUCCUGGACCUCGUGGUCGCAAUGGAGAGAUGGGACCUGCUGGUUCGCCCGGCUAUCCCGGACCCCCUGGACCCCCCGGACCCUCGGGCAUCGGCGAGUCGUUCCCCAUAAUGCCCCAGCCCGAGAAAGCAGCCGACCCGAUGCGCAGCUACAGGGCCGACGACGCCGGCGUGCGCGACCGCGACGCCGAGGUGGACACCACGCUCAAGUCCCUCAGCCAGAAGAUCGAGAAGAUCCGCAGCCCCGAAGGAACCAAGACCAACCCAGCCCGCAUGUGCCGCGACCUCAGGAUGUGCCAUCCCGAAUGGAAGAGCGGCUCCUAUUGGGUGGACCCCAAUCAGGGAUCUUCCCUGGAUUCCAUCAAGGUCUUCUGCAACAUGGAGACCGGUGAGACCUGUGUCAACCCAUCUCAAGCCAGCAUCCCCAUGAAGAACUGGUACGUCAACAAGAACGCCCAGAAGAAGCACGUGUGGUUCGGAGAGUCCAUGCCAGAGGGCUUCCAGUUCCAGUAUGGCAGCGAGGGCUCUGACCCCGAGGACGUGAGCAUCCAGAUUGCCUUCAUGCGCCUGAUGUCCAACAAGGCCUCCCAGAACAUCACAUAUCACUGCAAGAACAGCAUUGCCUACAUGGAUCAGGCCUCGGGCAACCUGAAGAAAGCUCUGCUCCUUCAGGGAUCCAACGAUGCCGAGAUCAGGGCCGAGGGCAACAGCCGCUCCACAUACACAGUCGCCGAGGAUGGCUGCACGUCACACACUGGCACUUGGGGCAAGACAGUCAUCGUAUACAAGACAACGAAAACAACUCGUCUUCCCAUCAUUGACGUCGCUCCUAUGGACAUUGGUGCUCCCGAUCAGGAAUUCGGCAUAGAAGUUGGCUCCGUCUGCUUCUUGUAAAGAAAAAAAAAGAGAUAAAUCCGGACAUUAAAAAUGCUGUUUUGUUUUGUUUGUUGUUUUUAGCAAUCAUCUCCAAAUCUUUUUCUAUGCAUUAAAAAAACUCAUUCGGCUGCGGUCGGUCCACAUGCUUACACUCAAACAUCCCUGAGGACGGUGCUUGUCGUGAUCUCGAGAGACAUUCUGUUUUUUGUUUUUUUGAUUUUUUUUAAAGAACUUUUCGAGGACCACUAAGCCAGUCAGCGCCAACAUCAUGACACGUGGUGACCAUCACGGACACUCGGCGAGAAUCUUUUGAAUCGGUUUGGCAACGAGAAAAUAAUAUAUGUUAUAUCUGUAUCGUUAAGAAUUCAUCCCCGUGUCCCCUGCACACAUGCAAAGACACACAAUUCAAAACAAAGCAUUACCACUACAGAAGGACGAUGAACAACACACAAGCGCUAAUGUACCACUAUUUGGUGUUGAAUAAAUUUGAAAAAAUGACAAGUCAAGUGUCUUGUUCUUGCAGCCACACGGAUUUAAAGUCCCCCCUAUUAAGAGUUAAAAGUGAGACUGCUACCUCAGGCAAUUAAAUCACAUCACAUGACCUAUAGGUGUCUGGGGACACUUACUGCCUUAGACUAUUAAAAACCAAAAAAACACAAGUAACAGUUGUAAAAAGGUGCUACUUUCCUCUUCAGGUCCUAACUGUGGUGUACGUCUGUAUAACCAACUUGCUUCUGCUUUUGUUUUCUGUUACUUGUGCCUUCAGGACCUGGUUGGUGCUAAAAUGUCAUCGGAAUGUCUUGUUGUCGAUGUGAUGCAGUUUUUUCUCUCGCAUUAAACUGUUGACUGAGGAAAAAAUAAAUAAAAACUGAAUGCAAUGCUUACCGUAGGUGUGAGUUAAGUGGGUGGACCAAUCGACCGAUUGCUAGUUCUUUCCCAAGCCCCGUGGUAUGGUAACAUCUGGCGUCUGGAGAACUCCUUUCUGUCUGACUGCACGUCCCCCGAAUAAAAGUUCCCUAUUUUUUUUGGAUUAUUUCUUUUUGUGUGAAAUAAGGCGGCACAAAAUGAAAAACACAAACGGACACUUUAAUGGUUCCAGUCAGAGGAGCUGUACGUAUUUUGUAUGUAUAAUAUUUCGAGAUGUUUUUAAUUAUUUUGGAUGCUGAAAUAAAGCAUGUGUUAAAGUGGUAAA